AUGGUCAAGAUUACGAUUUACAACCCGGAGAUCAAGAGUCAUGUGCUCUGCCAACGGAACAAGGCAGGACAGGCGUUUAGAAAGUUUCCUCCCCUCUUGGACCGAGUUUUAGUUGAAAGGAGUGCAGCCAAAACUGUAACAAAAGGACACAUUAUGCUUCCAGAAAAGCCUCAGGGAAAAGCAUGGUAUGUGACAAUAGUAGCUGUUGGUUCGGGCUCUAAAGGAAAGUGUGGAGGGAUUCAAACAGUUAGCAUGAAAGUUGGGGAUAAAUUUCUUCUGCCAAAAUAUGAAGGCACCAAAGUAGUUCUAGAUAACAAGGAUUAUCUCCUGUUUAGAGACCGUGACAUUCUCAGAAAGCACAUAGACUGA